AUGACUUCCCACAAAGCUUUGAAAGCUGCUCUCGUAGUCGUCGAUUUGCAAGAGGACUUCUGCCCACCAAACGGCAGUCUGGCAGUGACUGAUGGCCGGUCCAUUGCUCCUGUCAUCAAUGACCUCUUGAAGCUCCCAUGGACCCUCAGAGUCGCUUCUAAAGACAUGCACCCCGAUGAUCAUAUUUCGUUUGCGUCCAAUCAUCCUCCGCCGCACAACAAGCCCUUCGAGUCGACCAUCACAAUCUCCAACCCUGAAAACCCCGACGAGACGCAAACGACAAAAUUAUGGCCAGUUCACUGUAUCGCAGGCUCACCAGGCAGUGACCUCAUACCAGAACUUGACGCCACUCGGAUAGACGAAAUCGUAGAAAAAGGACAAGAUAAAAGAGUGGAAAUGUACUCGGCCUUCUGCACACCUUUCCUCGAUCCGAAGAUUGUGGAGACGGGAUUGGCAAACACACUCAGAGAGAAGGGUAUCACCCAUGUGUUUUGCGUUGGCUUGGCUGCAGACUAUUGCGUAAGAGAGACAGCGGUUGAUGCUGCCAAGGAGGGCUUUGAGACCUUCGUUAUCCGAGAGGGUACGAAAGGUGUUGAACAAGGCGAGGAGGCUGACAAGAAGCUUGCACAAGAGCUGAAAGAGCACAACGUCAAGAUGGUCAGUGUCGAAGGACCUGAGGUCGCCCAAGUCAGAGACCUGCGGUAG